AUGCUCCCACCCGGUAGUCCAGGCCGUAAGAUCCUCGGAUUUCUCUUCGGCAUCAACGACAGGAUCUACAAUCUCAUGUGGUCCCAUGACAAAGGCAUCCCAACGGAGCAUGUCGACCACACUCUGGUCACGAUUAUGCUGGGUGACGAAAGCGGAGCAGGAGGCCAUCAGCCUCAGAUGGAACUAUACGACGACUUUGGCGCAAUGAUUGGACAUCGCAUGACGAAUGACGGUGACCGGAUCGGAAAGAACAACAACCUCGACGAUUCUAUCUACAAGAUCGAACACAACGUGCACGUAGACAAGAUGACGACGCCAAAGUACAUUGUCAUCAACCAGUGGAGUUCCGAUGCCAUCUGUGUCUCGGCGAUCCAGGUGUCAAACGGGAAACUCUCGUCCGUCUUUUACGGUGAUCUUGGUGCCCUCUGUGGACAGAGCUGGUUCUUCAGCCGGCGACGGCUAGAUGCCAAACUCAUGCAUCCAAAGUGCGUUUGGCUUGACGAGGACCAUACCAACGGCUUCAACGCGCGAGCCAUGAGCUUUCAUCUCAACGACAUGCUUGGAACACCAGAUAAAGUCAAGAUGUACAAGGAGAACCCUCAGGAGUACUUGUGUAAGAGCACUCCUCGUUUCUCGUUCUGGUAUCAGCUUCGGCCGGGGGCCAACCUUCCCUUCUUCAAGCCUCCCCUGGAGUACGAACGGGACGCAAUCACCGGACAAGAAGGUCGAGACAAGGACCCACAACGCGCAGUUGACAAGGUCAAGUGGGACAAGAUGACCGACCACGACCCCCAGCCUAUUGCAAGACGUUCUAUGACGGCGUCUGAACGAAGGGCCAAGAGAAAGAAGUUGGCCAAGAGACAAGGCAGAAACCCUGAUAUCACUCAUCUCAUCAUCACCCGCGCUGAGGAACAUGCAGCGUCGUUGGUUUGCAACAGUACAACGUCUUACGGCCACGAUGUUGUAUCUCUUCACGAAAAGACUUACUGCGAUAUGACCGUUAAGAGACUCUACAACCUUUGCGACAAUACUUUCAAGGAGGACUGUUUUGACGUGGAACGAAGAACUCUAAUAGGCCAUGGUGGAAUCGGUGCUCGUGGCGAAAUAUCCGCUGUCGGCAAUCCUCAGAAGCGAUAUGAAACAGCAGCCCACUGGGAAGAAUAA